AUGGAAUUUCCUACCCCUACUGACACCGCUGUCACAGUUGACAUCUGCAUCACGACAUCUUAUAAAGAACUGGAGAAUGUCUGUUCAUUGGCUGAGGUGCUGGCAAACCAUGGGAUGGAGCGAGUUGUUUGUGUUUCUCACGCAAAAGUUCCCAUUGUUAAGAUAUGGGACCCCCAGUUGAAAAUGGCAUGUGAUAUGAACGUCAAUAACACAUUAGCCCUGGAGAACACACGCAUGAUCCGCACCUAUGUAGGUGUGGAUGAUCGGGUCCGUCCUUUGGCUAUGAUAGUCAAACACUGGACAAAGCAAAGAGUGCUCAAUGACGCAGCGCUUGGCGGAACCCUCAGCUCCUACACAUGGAUUUGCCUCAUUAUCAACUUCUUGCAGACCAGAGAUCCACCCAUACUACCCAGCCUCCAGAACCGACCACACCAAACGAAAAAAGUUAUUGAUGGUGUGCAAGUGUCAUUUGACGAUGACUUGGAGUCAUUACGAAACUUUGGUAGCAACAAUAAGCAGACUCUUGGACAGCUCCUCUUCCAGUUCUUUCGCUAUUAUGGCCACGAGGUGGACUACGAAAAACUCGUGAUUUCAGUUCGAGAAGGCCAGCUGAUAUCCAAGGAAGGCAAAGGGUGGCACUUACUACAGAACAAUCGACUGUGUGUGGAAGAGCCAUUCAAUACGACCCGCAACUUGGGUAAUACGGCAGACGACACAUCAUUCCGUGGCCUGCAUAUAGAGUUGCGACAGGCAUUUAAAGCUAUUUCGGAAGCUAAACUGGAGAAAUGCUGUGAGCAAUAUGUCUUUCCUCCCGAGGAAGAGCGUGUCUGGGAACGGCCUCCCCCACAACCUCGACCGAUCUUGACUCCUACCUUGUCACACUCGUCUUCGCGAGGUGGCAGAGGCGGUGGCCGUGGUGCCAGGUUUUCAAAUCAGUACAGUCGCGGAGGGGGCAAUUCUGCACGCCGUUCGUCCAGUGCAACGAAUCGCACGAGCAACUCCACCACUUUCCGUCCUCAUCAUGUUCAGCUUAAUCCGGAACUGAAUAUCCAAGCGCAGCAGGCACAGUAUAUGCUUCAUGAUCAGCUGUAUCAGCAGAUUCAGAUAUUGCAGGCACAAGAACAAGAGUUGCGAAUGCAGCUACAUAAUCAGUCCCUCUUGACUGGCAGGCCUCCUCCUGUCCUCAUUCGUCAGCCUCUGAUUCAAUUCUCAUUUCCGCAGCAAGACGCGCCCACCGAUGAUAGCUCACGAUCCCGAGCUGGCACAGUGAACCAAGCGCCAUUAGGUCAAAUUCGUCCAGGAAUGUUCUAUAGUCCAGCAUACUUGCCACUAGCUGCGCAGGGUGUCCAGGGGAGCAACACAAACCCUCCAUCUCCAUCUCUGUCCUCCGCAGUCCCGGACCUUCGUCGAAAUCCUCGUCGUUCGUCGGUCGCGAAUGGCUCCCCUGGCGGGCUACGGUCCCACUCUCAACCUGCGAGGCCUGUACACUCUCCUGUUACGCAGAAUUUGGCCUCACUAUGUUCACCGCCUCGAAAUAACGAUAGUUCUCAGACUUCGAGAGGGCGUUUUCCCCCGGCAUCCCCAAGCCGAUCCGCAACCGAAACGGAUUCGUCUUUACAAUCUACUCAAGCGUCGGCUAUCCAGACUCCCACCUAUCUGGAAGAGCAUCGACCCUCGGAUUAUGUCGGUUAUUAUGUGACUCCUCAGCAUUACCAGCAGAGCCUGAUGGCGAUGUCACUCCCUGCAGCACACUAUGCACAAACAAAUCCCGACUAUCGUCCGGCAACCCUGGCUUACCCUGAUCCUUUUGGUGCAUUUUCAGAUAACGGAUACAAUGGGCAAACGACGCCUACUAUUUCAACGCCACGUCACAUUACCCCCCGAGACCGGGGUCCUUUAAUUAUAGACGGGUCAGUCCCUGUUCCCGAUCAUAGGACGCCGAGUCAGAGUGAAUAUUCGAACCUGGCUGCGUCUGUACCAAGCGAUGUGGAAGUAGGCUGGGAAUCACCAUCCAGAGCCUCGGAUGCUUUCUCGAACGGAACACAAGAGCCUACUACCUUUGAGAUGGACGUAUUCUCGUCGACGAACGACAACAAUGCUCAGCCUGGAAGUGCUCAGCACAUAGUGGGGAGCUCGGAUACAGUCCUCAGUACCCAGUUGCAAGGAUUGCGUGUGUUGAAUUCAAACAGUAGCGAGGAUUCGCGACCUGUUACUGAUCGGAAAGGCACAAAGUCCGGACAGCUCAAUGGGGAUUCGCCUACGAAAUCCUCUGCAAAUAACCGCCAUCCCAAACCAUCGGAGAAACUUUCAGCAGGGAAUGCGCGUCCGAACAAGGAGUCUUCCUCUGUUUCCCCAACUACGAAACCCCGUACGAACGGGGUGGAAUUUGAAAAGGCAAACGGUGUCCACCACAAAGGUAAAACGAGACCAAAUCAGGAAACACAACCUACAACGUCAAACUCGUUGAGCCGGAGAGAGAGUCACCCCGCUUCGCUUCCACGUAAGCCUGAUGGGUUACCCCCGGUUAUGGGAUAUUCAAAUGCGGGACUUUCAAAUACGGGGCAUUCAAACAUGGGACAUUCAAAUACGAACGGGUCCUGGCAAACGACCAAGAAGAAAACCAAGCGUAGCACAAAAUCCUUGGCGGAAGUUCAACAUACGAACGCGGGGGAGUCUCUACCUUUGGAUGAAUCUCUUCGAAAGGGAGGGUGA